AUGCCAAAAUGGGUUCUUGCUUGUAAAGUGUUGGUCCUUUCCUUCAUUUUAAAUCUCUACGGUAAAAAUUACCAUAACAGUUUACCUCGUUUCGCUUUCUUGGCUAUCUUAAUCAUCCAUGUCUACCUUGAGACAGAACUGAUCUUAGUCUUCCUCGGUGCCUUGCUCUCUACUUUUCUUGGUUGUGAAAUUGAACCGGUCUUUAAUGAGCCUUACUUAGCUACUUCUUUACAAGACUUUUGGAGCCGUAGAUGGAACCUCAUGGUCCCGGCCGUUCUCCGUCCAACCGUUCAUAUCCCGCUUCAGCGAUUUUCCGCUCGCUUUCUCGGUCCAAACCAGGCUUUUCACGCUGGAGUCUUGGCCACGUUUCUUGUCUCCGGGUUAAUGCAUGAGCUGAUUUACUUUUAUAUGAUCCGUAAAUCUCCAACUUGGGAAGUCACUUGUUUCUUUAUGUUGCAUGGGGUUGUAACUUCUGCGGAGAUAGCGGCGAAGAGGAUGCGGUUGUGUCCACCGCCGCAUCGAGCAGUCUCGGGUCUUGCGGUUUCGGCCUUUGUGGUCAUUACGGCCGCUUGGUUGUUUUACCCUCAAGUGCUGAGAAACGAUGUGCAUAAGAGAGUGAUAAGUGAAUGUUUGUUUGUUAUUGACAUUGUCAAAUUGCAAGUUGUUCGCAUUUUAUCGUAA